CGGGUAUCGUAGCGUAAUGCACGCAGAUAACAUAGAUCUGCAUGCAGGUCUGUUACAAAGAACGGUGCUCCUAUAUAGCCCGAUUCAUCCACGUGUUCAGUGUAACUGUUUUACAAUAACAGUGGUCAUUUUUUUAGGCAGAAUCGUCCUGGUUUCCAUCAGAAUGAUAUGUAGUAAAUCUGAGCUGAGUGAAAUCCACAAGGCAUCUCGCCUCAAUCAGUGUAGGGGAGGAAAGCAAAACGGUUCUGGCUGAGACCGCCGCCUGCCAUAGCCGUCUCUGCUGAGGGGAAUUUAAGGCUGCUGAAAGGUUUCGGCAAGCAGUAAGCUCGUGCAGAAGACGUGGGUACUUGACUGCGGCUAGAUGCUUGUCCAGUGUGUAGGAAAUAGAGUGCCUCUCAAAGCUCAGUUUGUGUGGCCAGAGUUGAAGGCUUGUCCGUUGUGCCUGUGGGCACGUCUCGUUUGCCAUAGCAGCUGUCGUCAUUAACCACAGGCCAAGUUACGUGUGCUGGAAAACCACGUACACGCUUUUAUCCACUGUCACAGCCUGCGUAAUCCGCAGCAGUGUACAGUCACUGUUUAUACUCGGAAACCGGCUGUUUUUACUGGGGCGUGAACCGGCCGAUCUUGCUACAUAGAGGCCUACAGGAGUCCGGCGUAUGAGGUGGUUAGCGGGGGGUACUCGACCGGUACCUCUACGAGACUUAGAGCGUCCCAGAUUACUGACGCAUACGCCAGCAUCGAAAUCGGGGUUCAAAAGUGUUUGAGAGGGCUCCGUCCCCUGCCGCCAUGGCAUCCAGUUUUUCCUUGUCCCUCACUCUUAAGAAAGAGCCGGAACAUGAUGCGAUUUAUUUCAAGCAGGAUGGGGAACGCUUCACUAGCUCGCAUACAGUCAAGCUUAAUGUCAACACCAGCUACACCGUACAGAUUGCCAUAAGACCGGCACACGAACUCGUAGGGGCGGUCAUUCGAGGAGAGCGAUGUGAGCCCAAGUUAUCCAAAGAGGACGAGAAUGGUAUAAUAUAUCACCUGAACUGGUCAACGCAGGGUUUGGAACUCAAUAAAAAGGGAAAUCGGAUAGAAAUUCCUAUUGUUCUGGAGGUGAAGCACCAUGGGCCGUUUAAAACAACUUUACAGUGCAAGCUGUAUAAAGACCAAGAAAAAGUACAUUCAAAAUGGGGACAGAAUCUUUCGUCAAUUGUGUACGAGUGUAAAAUCGGCGAUGCCGGAAGUCACGUGGACAUUAUCAAGGAACGCUAUCUCUGACACGAGACAAUAUUCUGCGAGAGACAAUCUGUGGGCGAGGACAACUGUCCGGGUUGUGAACAACUAUGCCUUCCAUUUUGGUUAUCCCGGAACUGUUAUCAUGAAACCACAGGUUCAUUUACCCGUGUCAAAUGAUUUAUACGUAUUAAAUAUCAGUUACAAUGUGUCAAAUUCAAGGAAUUCAUACAGGAGUGCCAUUAUCAUCGCCGGGGAUCAGCUUGCCGGGCCAUUUGGGAAUCGCCUCCUUGUCACCAAACUUGACUCCUAUUACGUGGAGAAAAAAGUUGGCACUGACAUAGAAAUGCUGUUAUUAUUCUUAAAUAUGAGAAGUUAUUAUCCGUUAAAAACUGCUGGCUUGUGUCAUUAUGACCUGUCUUCAAAUGUCACUCGAUGAACUGUAAAGACGUCUGCAAAAUGG